AUGGGGAAUAACACAAUCAAAACGAGCUUUGUGGCCAGGCACAAGCCAUCUUUACUAGUCCUGGCCUCUCAGGUCUCGGCUGCUUUCAUCCAUGGCAUCGUCAAGAUACUCGAGACGGGGCAGCGUCCUGUCCAUCCCUUUCAAAUACUCCAAGUCCGGCUCUUGAUUACAGGCAUCAGCUGCAUGUUGUACCUAUGGUGCAAUGGCUUUCCCGAUUUCCCUCUUGGUCCAAAGGAUGUUCGCCCGCUUCUAAUUGUAAGGGCAGUUGGCGGAGUAUGUGGAGCUAUUGGAUUCUACUUUUCGAUAAUUUAUCUUACCAUUGCCCAAGCUACGGCAUUAAACUUUCUGGCACCCAUGGGUGCGAUGUUGAUAUCGAAAUACUUCGAUUACGGCACUUUCAGUCUAGCCGACAGAGCCGGUGCAGUGGUGGCCCUCGCAGGCGUGAUUUUGGUCGUGCAACCGGACACUGUCUUCCAUUUCACGGAGAAAGCAACAGGAGUGACAUCUAGGAGUUCUCAUGAGACACCGAAACAGUUGAAGGGAGUGAUCUGUGGACUUGUCGGCGUGGCGGGUGGUGUCAUCGCUCUGGCAACUAUUCGCCGAAUUGGUCGUCGAGCUCAUCCUCUGAUAAGCGUAAACUACUUUGCUUGGGCCGUCGUUAUUGUUACUACAAUUCUGAUUUCUAUUCAACGAUUGACUUCGCCGACGAGUUCGAGGGAUUGGGCAUUGUUAGUGUCGGUCGGGGUUUUCGGCACACUCAUGGAGUUCCUCCUCACCGACGGCCUCUCGAGCGACACGUCCUCCGCUGCCACUGUCAUGAUAUAUUCUCAGGUGCUGUGGGCACUAGCUCUUGACCGCGUUGUCUGGCACAUCAGUCUGAAUGUUUGGAGUAUCAUCGGGGUCUACGAGACACUACCGGCCGGCGCCAACGAUGCCACUCCAGAUAUUGAUCUGGAGAGUCUUUGCGCCUCCGAAGAUGACGACGAAACAGCUUCGGAUGGUGUCUUGGACAGCCGAUGA